AUGAACAGCACCUUGAGGGAUGCCCAGGCCCCGAGCCACCGUGAGUGCCUCCUGCCUUCCGUGGUCCGGACCCCCUCUGUCACCCAGGUCACGCCAGCCAAGAAGAUAACCUUCCUCAAGCGAGGGGAUCCCCGGUUUGCUGGGGUUCGCUUGGCUGUUGACCAGCGCGUGUUCAAGAGCUUUGGUGCUCUGAUGGACGAGCUCUCUCAGCGUGUGCCUCUCUCCUUUGGGGUGCGCUCUGUCACCACGCCCCGGGGCCUUCAUGGUCUCAGUACCCUGGAACAGCUGGAAGAUGGUGGCUGCUACCUCUGCUCUGAUAAGAAGCCCCCCAAAACACCCAGUAGGCCAGGCUGGCCACAAGGGAGAAGCCCAUCUGCUCAGCAGUCAAGGGAUUUUGAAAGCCAGUGUGAGGCACCAGGAACAUCCUCUUCCUGCAAGGGUCCUAAGGCCCCAAGGAGGAUAAUGCUGGUUAAGAAUGGAGACCCUAGAUUCCAGCAGACAGUGGUUCUCAGCCAUAGAAAUACAAGGAACCUGGCGGCCUUUCUCAGCAAAGCCUCAGAUCUUUUGCACUUUCCUGUGAAGCAGGUAUACACGACAAGUGGGAAAAAGGUGGACUCUCUGAAGGGUCUGCUCCACAGUCCUUCAGUGCUAGUAUGUGCUGGCUACGAGUCUUUCAAACCUCUGGCAAUGGAAGAUUCUAGAAGAUACGGAAUGGAAACUUUAUCUGGGCAGACUCCAAGAAACAAAACCGGAAGCUGGGGGCCAAAGGCCAAGCAGAGUGUGAUCCACUCAAGGUCCAGGUCAGGCAGCCGACCACGGCGGUUUUCCUUGCUGUCAGAGAGAUCUGGUCUCAGCGACCCCCCAGUGUCCCUGCAUCACACUCAGAUGGGCCCUGCUCCUGACAGACACCGUCAGGACAUGCCUGCCCAGCUCGGCCCAUUGGUGGCCAGUGACGAUGUUGAGAAAAAGGUCCGCAUGAACAAGGAUGGCAGCCUGUCUGUAGAGAUGAAAGUCCGCUUCCAUCUCCUUGGUGAGGACGCACUCCUGUGGUCCAGGAGGGUGGGGAGGGCCAGUGCCCUCACAGCAGCCAGUGAGGAGGUCCCUGUCCUGAGGGAGGUGGACUCCCUCCACUGUGUGUGGGAGGACCACCCUGGGGGCUCCUCAGAGCCUGGGGCACAGGGACAGGGGCCCUGUGAGGCAGGAUGUGAAGAAGCCCUUGGCCGAGGCCGGUGGCAGCCAGGGACCAGGUAUGAGAUCUGGAUGAACCCCCUGUACUCCACCCAGGGAGAGGGGAUGGCCUCUCAGAGGAGAUCCAGGCUGACCCAACACUCCCAUUCCAGGAGGCCCUGUAGCCAAGGGUUCACCAGCAGGAAAAGAAGCAGCAAAGACAGUGUCAGCCUUGCUUCUAGUGACAGAGCCCCCAAAGACUCCGAGCCAAACUCCUCCUGCUGCUCCAGGUCUCCAGACGGCAGUUCAGGGGCCACGGGGAAAGCAGUCAAAGCCUCAAGAAGAGGCAGCUCCAGCUGUGGCCCCAGGUCUGGAAGAAUAUUCCAGGGGAAGAAGGUUGCUGGUGGAGGGCAAAGUCUAGAGGGGCAAGAGAGAGAUGGCAGAAUGGCGCUGGGUGCUCUGCCCCGAGCCUCACCGGAUGCUGUGGUCCGUGAAUGGCUAAGCAGCAUCCCAGUGGAGCCCGUACCCAUGAAAUGUGAGAUGGUGAGUGAGAGCACAGGUGUGGCAGGGGAUGACCCAGAAGGCCCCAAGGAGGAUCCUGUUGACAAGCGUUCCCCAGAAUGUCUGGGGGAACCAACGCAGGUCAGACAACCGUCUCAUGAAGGGGCCACCAGCGAGAAAGCAGAGCCAGACGGAGCCCUCCCAGUGACUGGUGAUGUUCAUCCCAAGUCAGAAGAGGGUCUUCCUUGUAGCGGAGUUUCAGAAGACCCCAGGGAGGCUGAAUCAGGCAAAGGCAUGGCCAUGGACUAUUCUGUGGGCCCGUGUGUGCUUCCGCACAACGUCUCUGCCUCCAUACAGAUCAUGAAGGCGCUGAUGGGCUCCAAGCAGGGCCGGCCCAGCAGCCUGCCCGAAGUGUCCAGCGCAGCGGGCAGGAGGCUCAGCCGCUCUGCCCAGGCCCUUAUCACCUGUCUUGCUGGGCUCCACUUCUUUGAUGAAGACCUUGGGUCUCCCACUGGCAAAGUGAGGUUCAUAGACUCUCCUCGGUACCAGGAGCUCCUGAGCACCUUCCAGGCCCUGUGGCCGGGGUGUGGCCUCAGGCGUGGUGAGCCGGACUCGGGCCUCUGGGAGCUUGGCUGGUGCCAGGCUCUGCUGGGCCUCAGGUCUGACAUCAUGACGGAGGACUUCACACCGACGUCCUCCUCUGGUGUGGAUGUCGGCAGUGGCUCCAGAGGCUCAGGGGAGGGCAGUGGACCCUGUGCCAUGGAGUGCGCCCUGGUCCCUGAGAGGGUAGCACUGCCCUUGAAAAUCCCAUCCCAGAGGCCUGAUUCUAGAACCUCCGAGAACCGAGAGGAUCCAGGAAACCAACAGCUGAGUGGUUCCACGGCCUCUUCAAAUUCCCAAGCAUGGGCUUGUGCCAGCAGAAAAGAUGAAGCAGAGAGAAACAGUGGGGGGCAGGUUCUGGGCAGGAACCUGGACCAAGUAGUUGAAAACACAAUGCAAGAAGAGGAGGUACCGCUAGAGAAAGGCGGAGAAGAAAAAGAAAUCGCAGCCCUGCAAGGAGAUGGUGUCCAGGGAUUCCCAGAAGAGGGAAGAGUCAUGGGACAAGAACUGUCAGAGGCCAACUCUCAGGAUGGGGAGGGUGCACAGGAAGAUAAGAAUGUGCAGGAAGGGGAAGCAGGAAGAGACCCUCCCUCCACUAUACUUUGCCCUCCAGGGAAAAGAGAGAAACCCACAGAGCUUCCUAGGAGCCUCAGUGACAGGGAUGCAAAUGCCAGUGGCCCCCAAAUGGAGCCUGGUUUGGAGAAGCUGCCCAAAGCCGCUGAGACACGCCAUGCGCAAGCCCAGGCCAAGUGCAUCCAGGGGCCUGGGGAGACGAGCUCUUCUCCGGCCCGCAGAGUGUCUCUGGAAACUGACCCCCUCUGGGUGUCCAGAUUGCUGAGGAAGAUGGAGAAAGCCUUCAUGGCCCACCUUGGCAGCGCCACAGCGGAGCUCCGAGCCCGCUGGAGCCUGCAGAACAACAGCCUGCUGGACCAGAUGGUGGCAGAGCUGCAGCAGGACCUGGGCCUGCGGCUCCGAGAUAGCACCGAGAAAGAGCUCCAGGAGAUCUGGAGCCAGGCAGCAGGGAAGAGGCCGGGGCCGGCCCGGGAAGGCCUCAGGUGGGAGAUGUCCCUGCAGAUGGAGCAGCGCAGGCGCCGUCUCCAGGGCCUGAGGUACCUCUCGGCCUUCUCCAGGCAGGCUGGAAGCCAGGGGCCCGGCCCCUUCCCUGUGGAGGAGGAGGAUGCACCAACCCUCAGCGGAGCCCUGGGGACCUGGCUGGUUGGGGAGGCCGAGGGGGAGGAGUUUUGUCCCUGUGAGGCCUGCAUGAGGAAGAAAGUGGUCCCCACAUCCCCGAAGGACACAACGGGGGCAUCCAGGGCACCCAUCCAAAAGGCCUUCGACCUGCAGCACAUUCUGCAGAAGAAGAAAGGGGGGUGUGCUAGUGGGGAGACGGCAGAGGCAGCCCCUGAGAAGAGAGGGAUGGAGCCGCUUCAGGAGGUCCCCUUGGGGACAGGGACUGUCCAGGGGUCCACUGGAGGCCUGGAGCUGGGGUUAGACCAGGACCCUGGGACAGAGGGGUGGGGUGAGGGUGAGAACAGCCAGAUCCUUGGCAGAGACGGAGACCCCCAAGGGGGAGAGGAGGAGGCAACUGUUCAGAAGAGAGAAGGGAGCACAGGGGCCGGGCAAGGCAGUGUCCCAGAGGGAGCAGGUGGGAAAGAGCAGGGCUCUGGUGGGAAGGAAGAAAACACCGAGGAGGGCUCGGGGGCUGACACCGGUUUGGAAGGUGAGGCCUCUGGAGGAGGUGACCCAAGUCCAGGAGGACAGAACGAUGGCAUCAAAACGGCAGAGGCCUCGGAAGCUGAAGGAGAGGGGCAGCCAGAGUCUGGGGGAGGAAACCAAGGGGAGGAAGAAGGUAGCCCGCAGGUCGGCUGGGGACAGGGCCAGCUGGGUGAGACUUUUGGAAACAGAAGCCCAGAUCAAGAGGGGAAGCCAGCACUGCCCCCUACCCCAGGUGGAGACAGCCCCUGCCAGCGGUCAGGCUGGAAAGCAGGUCUCGCCUCCUCCGGCACAUCAUCUCUGGGAAACUGCUCUCAGCUCUCUCAGAAAGGCUCUGUAGAAAAGCCUUUGAAUGGAGACAUGAGGAGCUUCGAAGAGGAGUCCAAGGGACUCCCUGGUCCAGAGAGAAAAGCCACAG